AUGAGUUCAUCUAGUAUACAUACGACAGAAGGAAGUACUCCUAAUACUGCUGGCGGUAUGGGAAAGGAACCAUAUUCUAAUGUCUCGGGAAGUCAAAGAUCGUCAGACACUCUGAAGCAACAAAAAUUCAUAGUCUCAGAUGCGAUGGCUAAGAAUUCAAGGCAACUUCUAUUUGCACAUAUUUACAAUUACCUGGUCCACAAUAAAUUCUACUCCACCGCAUCACAAUUUCUGAAAGAGGUUGAGGUUCCUUUAACCACAAUAGAAAAUAUAGGGAAGAUAAAGGAAAAUACAGUGAGAGAUGACUCCUCUCAAAUGAGAUAUGAUGAUAUUCCAGAGAAUCUCUUAAGACCAGAUAUGCUUUUGAAUGCCUCGGACACCUUUCUAGUAGAGUGGUGGGAAAUUUUCCGGACACUUUUCGAUCAUGUUGAUGGUAUUCCAAAUGAAAGUUUGGAUAGUAACGGAAACCAAGAGGUAUUUAAACAACGAAUAAUGGCCAUUUUGCCGCAUAACAACCCAACAGUACCUCCACCAUUUAUUAACGGUGCUGAGAAUUUGGUGGAUCCUGAAAGACAUAUGAAUAUUGCUAGAGGCAGUAGUGUCUCUCAGCCAAGUGGUGUCCUGCGAAGCCCAACACAGAAUGAGUUGCUGAAUAAUAGUCAAGAUCAAAGACCACCACAAUUUCGAUCGAAAAGUAUGAUGAAUGGCAUGCCUCCGGGUUUAUCUUCUAUGAGUACUCCAAAUGGUGUAGAGGGUAUGCAGGGUAAUUUUGAGAGACCAACUUUCCAACAGAGCAAAUCAGCAGCUCUGCCGACACAAAGAAAAUCUAGCAUUGAAGAGCAAGCAAAUAGAAAUUCAAGUAACUUUUCUGGUUUCGGUUCCCAAUCUCCUAAAAAUGUGAAUGAGGAUAAUGAAAUUGAUAGCAAAUCAGCUAAGGGCAAAUUGAGAUCCAAGAGUUCGAAAAGGGGUAAGGUUGGAAAGGCAGCAGGAACUCCCAAAUAUAAUGAAGUUGAUGAAAAACAUAGUACAAUGCAGGGGAGUCCGUUUUCUCCUGAACUAUUGGGUUCUAAUAAUCCUGUAUUACAAAAUCAAAGUAAGCCUUCGGCUCAAUCACAAAUGAAUGGAUCUCAAUGGGAUCCAAAUUUUUUGAUGCAACAACAAAGAAACCCUCAACAAUGGCAAAAAUUAAAUGGGAACAAUAUGCAGCAAGAUAUCCCUAAUUCAAGUCAUCCUAGCAUUGGAUCAAACAACCCUUCUAAUACAAGUCAUAGAUUUAAUAGUAGACGGAAAGAGCAAUAUGAUUCAAAACCUGAAGCUAUCGGUAAUGGAUCACAUAGAAGCUCGACUUCACCAAGUGCGGGUUCAGUGGGAAAUAUGUCUGCGGAUUAUGGUGAUCAAAAUGAAUAUGGCAGCAAUAAAUCCUCAAACUUCAGCGGUGCUUUUACCAAUAAUAAUGCUAUGUUUCAAGAAAUGGCAAAAACAAUGAAUUUAAUGAUGAAUCAAAAAAGCGAAGAGAUGAACCAAUGGAAUAAAUCAAAUCCCUACAAUAUGAGACCUGAUAAUAUGCCAAUGUCAACGAUGAAUUGGAAUAACUUCCCUAUGCCGAAAGGAACGUCUAAUUCCUUUAACAAGGACAUGUUACAAGCCAUGCAAAAUAAAAUGAUGCAAUCUCAAUCUUCAUCAGGAAUGGAUCCAAACCUUCAACAACAAUAUUUAAUGAUGAUGAACAUGCUGAUGAAUUUUCAAAGUGGAAACGGAUUUCAAUCCAACCCAACUAACGUAUACAAAUCACGAGGCAAUGAUCUGGAUUUUGCUCAACCGUUUUCAUCUGAGAAUAAUCUUGCUAACGAUCAGUCAAACAUCAGAUCUUCCUAUGAAGCAUAUCAAGAGGAUUCCAAAACACCUUCUACAGAAAAUGGAGGUCGUAAAAUGAACAUGACACCUUCUCUACAAAGUACUAAUAUGAUAUCCAAUGGACAGAUGAAACAUUCAACUUCUCGUUUUUCACCGACUCAUGGUGCACCAAAUCAAUCUGAACUGAAUAAGAUGGAGUCAACACAAAGAGGAAAUGAUAUUUCACACAAUUACAAUCCACCAAAUAACAGGUUUGUAGGAAACAAUUUAAAAAGCCAAAAUUUUUCUUUAGCUUCUCAAGAUGAAAGUGUUAUUGCUGCUGCAAAAAAGGGUAGAAGGAAGCUUACGAAAUUAAACAAAAGAAAUUUGGCUACGCCAGAAAGCACUUCAAAUACAAACUAUCCCGAAAGUAAUAAAAAUGGAAUAAGUACUCCAAACGGUUCAGUGGGCAAUAAGGGUAAGCAGACAGAUAUAAAUGGGCAUAGCAAUUAUCCCGACAAUCCAUUUGAAUUGUUCAACAUCUGA